AUGAAGUUAACCAUCUCUCACCACAAAUGUGCAAUCCGCAAAGUCAUGGCCGAAUUUGUUGGUGUGGCACUCUUGGUUAUCUUUGGCGCGGGGACUGCUUGCCAGGUUGUCCUCUCGACAAAUCCAAGCUCGUUUCUUUCGAUCAAUUUCGGAUGGGCAAUCGGUAUCGCUACGGGUGCCUGGGUCAGCGCUGGCAUAUCUGGAGGACACAUAAACCCCGCAAUUACAAUUGCAAUGGCGACGUACCGCGGGUUUCCCUGGCGUGAAGUACCCGGCUAUAUUUUCGCCCAGGCGUUGGGUGGGUUUGUUGGUGCAGCGCUGGUGUACGCAAAUUAUUUCCAUGCAAUUGAUAUUUUCGAGGGAGGGCACAUCCGCACGCAAGCCACUGCUUCUCUCUUUGCGACAUUUGCUCUGCCGUACAUGACACAAGCAUCAUGUUUCUUUUCAGAGUUUUUAGCCACCGCCGUCCUUUUCAUCGUGUUCUUGGCUCUCAACGAUAAGCAUAAUGGCGCACUCACAAAUGGGCUCCUACCAUUUGCCCUGUUUAUUUUGUUCAUUGGUCUUGGGGCAUCGCUCGGCAUGCAAACAGGUUAUGCCGUCAACCCAGCGAGAGACUUUGGACCGCGCUUGUUCCUUGCUAUGGCAGGCUACGGAAAGGCCGUUUUCAACUAUCGCAGACAAUAUUGGAUUUGGGCACCCAUAAUUGCUCCAAUCCUUGGCGCUCAAGCUGGAGGCCUGCUCUAUGAUACCUCUAUAUAUAAUGGAGAUGACAGUCCAAUCAAGUGGCGGUAG